GUUCUAAUUAAUAUAUUUCUUCAAGAAUAAAUUCUAAGGGUAUAAGACAAUGAGGUUUGUUGAGGUUCGUGCGCACAUUGUCAAUAAGUAUAUGGUAACUAUAGCCGAGGCUCGUCAAGUGGGAACGGGCUGUAGAGUUGUAGUUAGUGAGUUAACCAGGAGUGUGGUGGGAGCCUGGCGGCCAGUAGUGAGCCAGCUGCCGUGGCCGACAGUUGGUACCGUCUACGCUCCUCGUGGUGCCCAGCCUUCACCCAAUCCCCUCGUCAUAGCCGGUUACGGGCUCACCAUAGCCCGUGCUACUUGGACACUUCGUUCUGAGUAGCUGAAUCUAAAACAUCGUUAUAGCCCCUCACCCUAUCCUAUAAGGGGUGCCACAUUAAAUAUCGGUAUUGUCUUAUGUUCAGAUACGCUUUCAUAUAUAUAUGAUAUCGGCAGUGAAUUUUCGGCUAAUAUUCUGGGAACAGUCGUAAGUAAACUAUGGUAAAUUGUAAGCAGAACUGAACGGGGCGUGGACAGGUCAACCUCGACGAACUGUGACCUUGAGACAGAAAUUCUAUGUAUUACGAUUCGAAACUUACUUGAAGGAUCAUCGUCCAAGAUGCUGCUGGCGUCGCUGCUGCUCUGCUGUUGCUGCGUGUUGGCGGGUCAGCUGAAGGUAACCGGUCAAGUGGGGUCGCCGUGGAGCACAGGGAAUAAUGACUACUAUUAUGACCCGCUCAACCCAGAGGACACACUCCCCGUCAUCACCACCACCAACAGCUCUCUGGUUGCCAUCCAGGGCGACUCCCUCCUCCUCCCGUGCGAGGUCCAUAACCUAGGAGAAUACAGCCUCACCUGGCGCUAUAAGAAUGAGAUCCUUUGGGUGUUACAUCAAGACGCUGAUGGCCUCGAUGUCCAGUGUGUGUCCCAGGAUGACCGCAUUGGCUUCAAUGGGACAUCACUGACUCUAGGACCCGUGGAACCCCGAGACAGUGGCACCUACAUUUGUGAGCUUGGUACAGUGCCUAUCCGUGCCCUCAUCCACACACUCGCCGUCAGAGUGCCUCCAUCAGUGUACCCGGCCAACAACCGCAGCGUGGUGACCAUAAAGAUGGGUGGCAGUAUCACUCUGGCCUGCCAUGCAACUGGUCAUCCCAAGCCAACUGUCACCUGGAGCCGCAAGGGUGGAAAUCUGCCUGGGCCAGCAGAGGGAGCAACUUUGAGUGUGGAGGACGCUGUGCCUGAAGACAAUGGCAUCUACAAGUGUACAGCUCGAAAUGGUGUGGGAGAACCGGCUUCUACUUCCAUUACUCUUCAGGUCAUGCAUGAACCUAAAGUGUGGGCAGAGAGAGACGAGGUUUACUCUGGUGUAGCCUAUGAUUCCUCACUAGCUUGCUAUGUGGAAGCUGAACCUCGAGCUCAGGUCAAGUGGUACAAAGUUGGCGAUAUUCCAGUGGAUCCUCUGAGACUCCGUAAGACAGUGGAUGCAAACUACAGGUAUUCGCUACAUUUUGACCACGUUCAAUUGGACGACUUUGGAAAUUAUACCUGCAAUGCUACCAACUUCAUGGGUAACUCCUCUGCUCUCCUCCGUCUCUCUGGACGACCCAAGCCUGUAAGGUACACCAGUUCCAACCAGGGAGAUAAAAACACAAGUUAUGUACUCACUUGGUAUGUGGAGAGCUAUGCACCUGUCCUUGCCUACAGCAUUUACUAUAGGAAUGAGAGUGAUACAGAGGACCAGUGGGUGUCUUUCACAGUUCCUGGGACGACAUCCUCCUCAAUCCAUCACUCAAACAGUCACACUUUUACUGAACUUGACCCUGGUGCAACAUAUUAUGUCCAAGUCACGGCAAAGAAUGAAUUUGGUGUGAGUGACAUCAAUGACACCUUUACAUUUACCACAUUUGAUGCAGCUGCCACUGACUUCCCCGAAGAUUAUCAUGUUGAGGGGGAAAACUCUCCCUCCAUCAACCAAUCUGAAGACAUGGUUUCAGAGGUAGUUGGAGUCGUUGAGUUCCACUCGGCACCCACUUCUACCAUGGAUGAUGCAGACAGUCCUGAAUUUCCAAGCGAGAUGGUUGCAAACCAGACAGAGGAAAAAGAAGUUGAGAGGAAGGUUCUUGCAGCAGCGACGGCUGCAGUACAGGACGACACUUCUGGAGCAUUUACAUUUACACUGGCGCCUGCGGAGAGACGAGCACAGAUGAUUGCUUUAAUUACUGCUAUUAGUCUGUCCUGUUUUUUCUCAUAAUUUGCUAUGAGACUGUGAGAAGAAUUGUGUUUAUUCCUGGCUUGGAAAUGUACAUGGCCGGAGAAGGAGCAGACUUUGCAUUUGCCUAACUUAUUUAUCUAUGGGAAAACAUUUAACAAGUUUAGAAGCCACAUUCUAGAAAAGUUAUUAACCCUUAAAUGGCUCCAAUCGCUAUCUGCAAUUACCUCCUGUGCUAAAAUUGCCAAACGAGAUAUUUUGACAUUAGUUGUGUGAAGUACCUUUUGUCGCGUGCACGACAACGUAAACCUUAUUUAGUCGAGCUGUUUAAGGGUUAACGUCCGUUAUUACAAUGAGGAUGUAUUUACUGCUUGGUAGUGUCACUUGAGUGUUGACAAAAAGAUCACUCUUGGUGACAUUUGCAAGCAAGGACAUUCCAUGAAUAAAUUUAUUGCAUUAAAUAAAUGGAUAUACAGUAUAUAUAUAUAUAUAAAGUAACUUGUUUCAGAAGGAUAGAUGUAAACCUAUGUUUGUAAAUACACUAAUGAUGGGGGAAAUAUGGAAAAAUAGACCAUAGUAUAAUAAGAUGGCCCUUGGGAGGGGGGGGGGGCUGGACCGGUCUCAGUGGCUUUUUUUGCAUAUGCACUGGUAUUUCAAGACCAAGUUCUAGAACAUAGCAAAGUAAAGAACCCAUCAACUUCAGAGAAUAAAAUGUUGGUAGCCAAUAUUCUUUGCUAACAGUGCCACGGAAGAGCACCAUGAACCACACCAGCUGAAGUGGGGUAACGCAUCAUGAGACAUACAGGGUGACUGGCAAACACAUUUAUAAAGAGUGUACAAAACAUGAACACUAACACCAGGAAGUCACUUACCUCAAAAGAAAUCUGGUCACAGGAGAUAUUGGGUAAGAUGUUAAAAGUCCCAUUUGCCCCUCACCAGGUAAGACUGUGAAGGAGUGGGCCGUGCUGGAUCUCGAGUUGACUAGUGCUCCCAACUGGUGGUGGUUAUUUUGAGAUGAUUUCGGGGCUUUUUAGUGUCCCCGCGACCCGGUCCUUGACCAGGCCUCCACCCCCAGGAAGCAGCCCGUGACAGCUGACUAACACCCGGGUUCCUAUUUUACUGCUAGGAAAUGGGGGCAUAGGGUGAAAGAAACUCGGCCCAUUGUUUCUUGCCGGUGCCCGGGAUCGAACCCGGGACCACAGGAUCACAAGUCCAGCGUGCUGUCCGUUCGGCCCCCUUUUUGUCGUGGUGUGGAUGGGAAGCAACAAGGUGUAUUUAUCAGUCCUUUAUAGGAAGUUCUGAGUUUUGUUUGGUAAUCAUUGGGCCCAAGCCUGUCUCUAAGAGUGACAUCUUUUUAAUCCCCACUUUGGUUACGGCCCUGAAGAACCUGUACGAACAGCCAGGUUGACCAGACCAGUAACCAGGAGGCUUGGUCCAAGACCAGGCUACCAGGACAUUGAUCCUCAGAAUCGUCGACAGGUAAUUGGCAGGUAAGCUAUGGGAAGCCACUGAGACAUCCACCCAAUAAGUGUCACUUUGAAAUCAUAAUUGUUUAUUUACACAAAAUAAAUUUAGAAUGGCAUUAAUGCAAUACAAAACAUAUUUCUUUAAAUUGGCUUUAUAUUUACUGUGUAAGUAAAUAAGCAAAUUUUCUUAAAUGCUUCCUGAUGAUGGUAAGAAUAAUUCUGAAAUCGAAUGCAGACACAGACAAAAUGUACGUAAUUAUACAUAGACAAAAUGCCUGUAAUUACCGGAUCUAAAAGUAAACUUCUUGAAGUUAAUCGUAUUGUUAGAGAAUUUCUCAACACAUCAGAAUAUAAAUCCUAAAGAAUGAAGCAGUUAGGCUGUAUGUUAUAGUGCUGGUAAUACAUCUACAAUUAUUAAUGUUAUUGCAAAGUUUUUUCAUGCAAACUGUCAUCAGGUAUUUAGGCAGGUGUUUGUAGUCUUCAUAAUUGUUCUUGCCAUAUCCACUUACUGUGAUAGUAAAUAAUAAGUGAUAUAUAGAAUCUAUUGCUAUUUUAACAGUUGUUCAGGUACAAGGAUUGGCACCCCCCCCCCCCUUUUUUGUCACUUUCCUAAGCUUGUUGCACCAGGAUGUUUAGGACACCAGAAAAUAUGCUAGGUUCGCAAGUGACAAACAAGUACCAUCACCACUUUUCUCUCCUUAUGAUGGGUAAGAAGCUUGCGAAGAACAGGUCCUAUUGCUGAGGUCAGUUACUAAGCAUUUUUCUUUACCAAAGAAAUCAAUUCCUAUGAGAAUAUGUUUGGACCUCUCCAAUUGCCUCACAACUCUGACCUAACUAAUCCUCAUGAAGCUGACUAUCCUGACCACCACAAUGUGGUGCCUUGCACAGGAUAAGUCAGGGUAAACUAACUGGCUUUCACACUCCUGGGGCCAGAUUCACGAAGAAGUUACACAAGCACUUACGAACCUGUACAUCUUUUCUUAAUCUCUGACGACUUUGUUUACAAUUACAGUAUUAAACAGUUAAUGAGCAAGGCACCA